AUGGACGUUCCUAAAUCCAAAGUGUUAGAGCUUAAUAGACAAGUGACCAAGUUGAUAAACGACGUCUUCUCUGCCAGCCCUGAAAACCCUCAUGCUAUUCCUGUUAUUCCUGUUAUUGGUAAUAAUGAUUUACAGCCUCACAACUAUAUCGAGUUGAACGACAAUGUGUUAUUCUUUUUUUUUUUUGAACAGCUUUGGGAUCAUUGGAUUCCUAAGCAUCAACGCAAAGAUUUUUUGAAAGGUGAGUAUUUUGCUGCUGAUGUUGCUCCUGGUCUACGGGUCUUGUCAAUGAACACCAUGUUUUUCUCGAAGAAAAACCCACUCGCUAAAGCCUGCCAAAAACAAGGUUCUUCAGGCUCUACUCAUUUGGAAUGGUAUCAACAGCAACUAGAAAAAUCUCGUUUUGAAGGUGUCAAAAUCUAUGUCAUUGGUCACGUUCCUCCAUCUCCAAGAGACUUUUUCAAGAGAUGUUUAAAGGAUUAUGUCGGUAUUACAUCUAUCUACUCUGAUAUUGUGUUUGGCCACUUUUAUGCUUAUCUCAAUAUGGAUUAUUUUUUGAUGUAUGAACAUAUAUGA